GCUGCUGCUGCUGCUGCUGCUGCUGCUGCUACUGCUAUACCACCUCGUCGCCUAGUAGACUAACGUAGCCGAACCCCGAACCCGAACCCUCGAACCUUGUUACUCCCAUCGGACGGCAAUGGCUACAGAGACCGCAACCGCUCCGCUUCAGGUCGUAGAGACCGAGAGGCUGUCUCCAGCGAAAUCACGAGUCUCCGGAACACCGCCGUCAAAGAGGAUGAGACCGACCUUGAACACUUCUCUCGCGACUGGCGGCGCCUCGACACCCAUCACACUAGACACUCCAGUGGAAAGCAGUCCUAGCAAGCGCAAGGAGCUACCCAAGAUCAUCGUCAAGAAGGAGCCCACAUCCCCCGAGCCUCCGUCGCGACAUCGGCCACCGAAGCUACACCUGAGCAAGGACACCGGAGACACCAGUCCUGCCGUUCCGCACACUGCCGGAGGAAGUCUGUCGACGAUGCGCGACGUUGGCAUGGCCUGUCUCUCUCCGGGAUUCGCGACCCAGGACCCAACGAUGCGUGAGCAGUUGCAGCGCAGUAUCUCGGUUCGAGAUCAACAGCGGAGCAUAAUCGAGGCUCGUUUGCAGCGACACGUAAAACCCGGAGGAGGAAGUGGAAGUGGAGGAGGAAGUGGGGGCGAAAGAGCAGGAAAGGAUAGGGACGAGCAUCCCCAGUCGGCCCGCGGAUCGUCGAAGCGACGACCACCAAACAGUCUGACGAUUGUGCCCCCGUCGCAUAGAGCCUUCGCGAACGAGCGCGUCGUGCAGUCAGCACCUCUCAAUCAAUCGUUUACCGGUCGCCAUCAUAACACCAUCUACCACCCCCCACCACAGCACACGGCCCACAACCCGCACCACGUCAACCGAUUACCGCCGAUAGCGGAUGUGUUUGCUUCCGAGCGUCUGGACAGCGGUGCGCGUUCUUCGAGAUUAGCAGCGGAUCCCCCUCAGUCGGGUCGACAAUACUUCCCGUCGCUCCGACCAUCCCAACCAUCACCCAACACGAUGACCUUCCCGCGGCCUCGCGAACACAGGUCCGCGGAAGAGGCCCUGCAGAUGAUGUCUGGCGGCCGCGAGGAUCUGCUCCCACGGAUCGUCCACUACGGCGGGCACCAACCGCCCACGCCUCCGAGCCCACCACAGGCUGGCGCUCAACAGCAUACGACACCCUCCAAGCCGCAUCUCAACGGGGACUACCGGCCCCCUGCGUCCGCGGGUAGGAGAAGAAACAGGGCCGAGUACGAGCGCGACCGCGACGAGGAGCAGCAUUUCCUACCUGGGUCCCGGGAUAGCCCAGAGACAAAAAGGCAAAAGAAGGAAGAGUUCUUGUCCCUGUGCGCCCGCGCCUGGGAGCUGUUUCAUUCUUGAAACGAAAACAAGCUGCUCGACUAGAAUCGUGUUUCGAUGGUGUCCUUAUUCUAAUUCUUGGGGGCUUUGGGGGGCUGGGGGGGUUUUUUUCCUCGGUUUUCUCUCUCUUUGUUUCUUUCUUUCAAUUUGUACUGCUCGUCCUUAUUUCCGUAUUAUGUUCGGGGGAGCAAAGGUUUACCUUGGAAGGUGUUCCGUGUUGGUUGUAUUUUCCGAUGGGCUGUGGAUAAGGGGGGUGCAGGAGUUCAAAAAAAAGCCAAGGCAGGUACCAUAUACCCUGGGGGAUAGGGAGUGCGGUGGUGGUGGCGGC